ACAACUUAACCAUUGAAAUUCAUUGGCAAAGACUGGAGCCACCUGCUCUCCCCCUUCCCCUACCCCACAUAGUGAGGGUCACCAAGUAGGUCCCAACACGUGUCGUCUUCCCAUCCUCAUACAUCUUGCGUGAUCAUAUCCAGCCGUUAGUUUCAUGUCCCUACAUCCACACAAAUCUUCGCUCCACGAAAACAAUAUGAUGAUGAUCUAGUUUUAAAACCCAUUUCUAUCCCCCCACCCCUCUAAAAUGACGUCGUUUCAGGAAGCGAACGACGACGGAGGAACCUCUGGUAUUAGCACCAGCGCCGGUGAACCUGAAGACCACGAAGCCCGUCACAUCAAUGGAGUCUUGAAGAUAUCAACGAUAGAAGAAACGGGGGCGUUUCAGGUUACCCCGUUGAAAGAGGAGCCGGAGGACUCCGACCCCGAGCAGGAACCCCACCCGCCAGGUCCGGCUCGGUCUAUUGGUGUUAUACCGGUCGUGAUGCAAGCUAAACGUUCAUCAACCAAGGACCGCCACACGAAGGUAGAGGGCCGUGGCCGGAGAAUCCGAAUACCUGCCACAUGCGCCGCCCGUAUUUUCCAGCUGACCCGAGAGUUAGGCCACAAGUCCGACGGAGAAACUGUCUGGUGGCUCCUCGAGCAUGCGGAGCACGCAAUAAUUGAAGCCACCGGCACCGGGACUGUCCCUGCAAUUGCAGUAUCGGUGAGUGGGACUCUCAAGAUUCCCACCACUCCAAGUCUCGCAACUUCGACAACAAACGAGACAGUUAGGAAACGAAAACGUCCUUCAACCAGCGAAUUCUGUGAUAUAAACGACACGCCAGUCUCGAUCACGCAGUCUUCUGGGCUGACCCCAGUAACCCCCACAGCCCAAAUCGCCGCUGCGACACCUCAGGCUCUGGUCCCAGUGUGGGCUGUGGGUAAUACAGGAAUGGUGGUUCCCGCCAACGCAUUCUGGAUGAUCCCACAACCCGCUGCCGGAGCAGCUGCUGUAACUCCAACAUUUGUGGCUGCUUCGAACCAGCAGCAGCCGCAGAUGUGGGCUUUGUCGCCAUCUAUAACUCCUGUGUUCAACUUGGCAUCUGCAACGCCCAUAUCUUCCUUUAUUGCGUCAACAAAUCAACCGAGUAAUGUACAGGGUACGGUGGAAGUUGAGCCUGCAAUGAGUAGCGGAUUGUCGAAUUUGGCUGUGAUUACGAGUACAGUUGGAGCUACAGCGGCAAAGAAGUCGACCAUGGCACCAAGCUUGAGUUCUAGUGGAACUGGUGGUAGUGGUAAGGCGCAAAUGUUGAGAGAUUUUUCAUUGGAGAUAUAUGACAAGCAGGAGUUGCAGUUCAUGGGUCGCUCUGUAACUCAACAAACACAAGCUUCCAAGCCAUGAAUUUUAAUUUAGAGGAGGUGAUAGAAUCUGUACUUGAUAAUCUAAUCCAUUAGAAACUGUUCAAUAUUUCUGACUUUUUUUUAAAAAAAAAAAUUCCAUCAGAGGAGAAUUUUCAUUUUCA